ACAAGGACAAGGACCGGACCAAUAAGGAAGUAGCACCCAGACGAAAGUUUGUCGCAGAAAGUUAGUAUUCAGUGUAGCUAUACAUACAAGAAAUGAGAAACGUGAUCAACUGUCAAAUGACAUUUUGAAUGUCAGUUUUUAAUUAACGAAAUCCAAAACUCAAAAGUAUAAGGCCCUUAGCAUGCUCAAAUUUUAAAUGCUUCCAAUUCGACCGAUUUCCUAUACACGUAAUGGUAGUAUAUGACGCUGUUGAAAAUAUUAAAUGCCUUCUAGGCUUCAAGAACCAAUUCACAGGUAUGAAUUAAGCCCGAGAGAGUUGAAGUAUCUGAUGGAAUUCCGCGGCGAGGAAGGUGUACAAAAGAUGAAAGAAAUGGGAGGCAUCUCAGAAAUUUGCAAGAAACUAAGAACCGAUUCUUGGGACGGAAUCGAAGGUACCCCAACGGAGUUAAAAAGUAGACAACAUGCCUUUGGUGUAAAUUACAUACCUCCAAACAAACCAAAACGAUUCAUGACAAUGUUCUGCGAAUCAUUCAAAGAUGUAACUAUAAUAAUUCUGACGGUAGCGGCAACGAUAUCGCUGGCGAUAUCGUUUUACAAACCUGCAGACAACGAACACGAAACUUCGGAAUACGGUUGGAUAGAAGGAGCCGUGAUUUUAGUUUCAGUAUUUGUUGUAGUACUAGUCGCUUCGUACAACAACUACUCCAAAGAGCGUCAAUUUCAACGUUUACAAAACCGAAUCGAAUCACUUCAUAACUUCGCCGUUGUCCGAAACGGAGACGUGUGUCAAAUUUCGGUCAAAGACAUUGUUGUAGGAGACGUGUGUCAGAUCAAAUACGGAGAUCUGUUACCGGCCGAUGGCAUUGUGCUCCAGGCCAACGAUUUGAAAGUGGACGAAUCGUCGCUUACGGGGGAGUCAGAUCCGGUGGUCAAAGACUUGAACCACGACCCCAUGUUACUGGCCGGCACAUACGUCAUGGAAGGAUCGGGAAAAAUGUUGACCGUAGCCGUUGGUGCCUACACCCAAAACGGCGAAAUAAUUCUGCUGCUUCAAGCAGACGCAAGAUCGAAACAAAAAUGGUUCAAAAGAACUCGCCGGUACGAGAGCCAAGCAGCGACAAAGAGAGCGAAACUGAGAGAACGGAAUGCAACCGAGAACAACAGUCACGAAGGACGUGCUCCACAAGACGAGCCGUCCUCAUCAAAAACACCGUCAGAAGAAGACAUGGUAAUCGGUACAGGAAGAUCGGUACUUCAAGUUAAAUUAACAAAACUCGCAAUACUAAUCGGUUUCAUAGCGAUAGGAAUUGCAACGUUAAUCAUUUUAGUACUUAUAAUCCGCUUUUCGAUACAAACAUUCGCGAUCGAAAAGAAAAAAUGGGACUCGAUUUAUCUGAAAUAUUAUGUUGACUUUUUUACCAUCGGAAUCACCGUUCUGGUCGUAACCCUUCCUGAAGGACUUCCGUUGGCAGUAACGAUAGCCUUAGCGCACAGUGUUAAAAAGAUGAUGGACGACAACAAUCUUGUCCGACACCUCGACGCCUGUGAAACAAUGGGCAAUGCCACCGUCAUUUGCACUGACAAAACGGGCACCUUGACCACUAAUCGUAUGACCGUUGUCCACUCUUAUAUCAACGGUCGCCAUUACAAGAGGAUACCACCGAAACCUUCAGAUCUGACCGCUAACGUUAUCGAUUUAAUAUCUAAAAGUAUUUCUAUAAAUACGAAUUACACUUCGCAAAUUGUGCCUUCUGUCAAACCAAAGGAAUUACCGAAACAAGAAGGAAAUAAAACUGAGUGCGCCCUCUUGGAUGUUGUAUUAGCUCUGGGGGAGAGUUACGACGCCAUAAGAGACCAAUAUCCGGAAGAAACGUUCGUCAAGGUUUACACGUUCAAUUCCGUCAGGAAAUCGAUGAGCACCAUUAUCGAAACUGGUCCAGAUCGGUACAGGGUGUACACCAAAGGAGCAUCAGAAAUCAUUUUAGAAAGAUGCGGUUCAAUCUUUGACGAGAAAGGCAGACUCAAAUCUUUGGAAAACAAAGAUCAUAAGUUUCUUCUGGAGAACGUAAUCGAGCCGAUGGCGAAUGACGGCUUGCGAAUCCUUUGCGUGGCCUAUCGUGAAUUGGAAGGUCAACAAGACUGGAAAGAUGAAUCAAGCGUUUUAAAGCAGCUGACUUGUUUGGGAAUAUUCGGUAUAGAAGAUCCAGUGCGCGAUGAAGUUCCACUCGCGAUCAAGACCUGUCAGAAUGCCGGCAUAACGGUCAUUAUGUUAACAGGGGACAACAUCAAUACGGCCCGAACGAUAGCCACCAAAUGCGGCAUCAUAACUGCCGAUGACGAUUACCUGGUUCUCGAGGGCAAAGAAUUCAACAAGCGAAUUAGGAAACCAAACGGCACUUUUUCGCAAGAUCUAUUUGACGAAACGUGGCCGAAACUUAGAGUUCUUGCGCGAUCAUCUCCGGUCGACAAAUACACCCUGGUCAAAGGGAUUAUAGACAGCAAAGUCAGCGAGCAGAGAGAGGUCGUUGCGGUGACCGGUGAUGGUACCAACGAUGCCCCAGCACUCAAAAUGGCUGACGUGGGUUUCGCAAUGGGGAUUUCGGGAACCGACGUUGCCAAAAUUGCAUCGGACAUUAUUAUAACAGACGACAACUUCAACAGCAUCGUAAAGGCCGUCAUGUGGGGUCGAAACGUGUACGACAGCGUCAGCAAGUUCCUUCAGCUCCAACUGACCGUAAAUUUUGUCACCGUCAUAGUGGCUACCAUUGGUGCGUUCAAAGUGGCCGUGCCCUUGGUGGCUGUUCAGUUAUUGUGGAUCAAUUUGAUAAUGGACACUCUGGCCAGUAUGGCUCUAGCAUCCGACCACCCAACAAUGAAACUGCUUGAAAGAAAACCGUACGGCAGGACGAAAGCGUUAAUUUCCACGAUUAUGUGGAGGAACAUUGUGGGUCAGGGCAUCUACCAGCUUGGAGUGACGCUCUUCCUCAUGUUCUACGGCGAUAAAAUGUUGAAAAUAAAAUCGGGGUUUCAGGCAGGGAUCCGAAAGCAUCCAACUAAACAUUUCACAAUCGUUUUUAAUACUUUCGUUUUGAUGACGCUCUUCAAUGAAGUGAACGCAAGAAAAGUUCACGGUGAGAGGAACGUUUUUGAGGGCGUCCAUCGAAAUCCUACGUUUUGUUGCAUAUGGAUCGCCACAUUGAUUGGGCAAGUGAUGAUAGUUCACUUCGGUGGACAUGUACUUUGGACCGAAAGGUUGACGUUUAACCAGUGGCUAUUGUGUCUCGCAUUCGGACUGGGAGCCUUGCCUUGGGCUCAACUUGUAGCAAGUAUUCCAGUCGAAAGAACGGAUUGAAAUAUCUCGGGCACUGUUUCAAUUCGAUCUAAUAAAAAUGUCGAAGGCGUUGUUCCUCAUCAGAAUAUGACUGAUAAAAAAGAUCAAUUUGCUACCUACAGGUAGAUGACAUCUUAUUCCAUCCGCGCUAUAUUAUAUUGAUAACAUGUGUUGUAGAUUUGUGUUUUUUUGUGCCUAAUAAUUAUUAAGUCUA